AUGGUAGGCAAUGUUCCGAGUAUAAUUUUAAAAUGCUGCAGCUUGGGUUGUGUUAUUGGUGCUGGUGGCCUUUGGGCUGGGACUGAAUUAGAAUUAAGACCUAAGAAUAGAGAUGAACAGACCCUCGUUGGUGGUGCAAUAUGGUCCCAAAUAAUAAUUCCGAUUGGCUUACUAAUAACUCUGGUGGUCGAAGACAAGCUCUACACAUUUGUUCACGCCUAUUUCUUAUUCGCUGGUGCAGUUUUAUUGGUGACAACUGGGUUAUUGUUGGUUUGUUUAGAGUGCAAAAGACUAAAGCAGAGCAGAACGCAUAGACUGAGCGAAGUUUUGGAGCAUGCCGCGCAGAUAUCAACUCUAACGAGGCCUUUUGAUAAAAUAUACUUCACUAUCGGAGUUUUAUGUAUUUUAGCAAGUAUUCUCACAUUUUUAGAUUUCCUUUACGUUAUUAUUAUGUAA